AUGGCCGCUGUCCAGGGUGCUAUCUCCAAGCGUCGGAAGUUCGUCGCCGACGGUGUCUUCUACGCCGAGCUGAACGAGUUCUUCCAGCGCGAGCUGGCUGAGGAGGGCUACUCGGGUGUCGAAGUCCGUGUCACUCCCACCGUCACCGACAUCAUCAUCCGCGCCACCCACACCCAGGAGGUUCUUGGUGAGCAGGGUCGUCGCAUCCGCGAGCUCACCUCCCUCAUCCAGAAGCGUUUCAAGUUCCCCGAGAACUCCGUCUCCCUCUAUGCCGCUAAGGUCCAGAACCGCGGUCUGUCUGCCGUCGCUCAGUGCGAGUCCCUCCGCUACAAGCUCCUGAACGGUCUGGCCGUCCGCCGUGCCUGCUACGGUGUCCUCCGUUUCAUCAUGGAGUCCGGCGCCAAGGGUUGCGAGGUUGUUGUGUCCGGCAAGCUCCGUGCUGCCCGUGCUAAGUCCAUGAAGUUCACUGACGGUUUCAUGAUCCACUCCGGUCAGCCCGCCAAGGAGUUCAUCGACUCCGCCACCCGCCACGUUCUCCUCCGCCAGGGUGUCCUUGGUAUCAAGGUUAAGAUCAUGCGCGGCUCCGACCCCGAGGGCAAGGCCGGCCCCCAGAAGACCCUCCCCGACUCGGUCACCAUCAUCGAGCCCAAGGAGGAACAGCCCGUUCUCCAGCCCAUGAGCCAGGACUACGGUGCCAAGGCUAUUGCCGCUCAGCAGGCUGCCGAGCAGCAGCGUCUGGCCGAGCAGCAGGCCGCCGAGGCCGAGGGUGGUGCCGAGGGUUACGCUCAGGAGUAA